AUGUGGUUCCGGGGCUGCUUGAGCUUUUUACUAGUUGGCGGUGCUAUUUCGGCUCCGGCUUUGCUGAAUGUCAAUGUGGUCUUCCGGCACGGCGACAGGACGCCGAUCACCACCGUUAGAACCGAUCCAUACCAGGAGGGCUUCUGGGGUGUCCCGUGGGGGACGUUGACUACGACGGGAAUGGAGCAACAAUACGCCAAUGGUCUUCGUCUGAAAAAGCGCUACAUCGAUGACCACAAGCUUGUCAAUGCUACCUAUUCGCCUUAUGAGAUAUACGUCCAAUCCGCCCAAAUCGAUCGUUGCCUUCAGUCGGCUGCAUCAAAUUUAGCUGGAUUCUAUGAUCAAUCGACUUUCCAUCCCACGGACCCAAAAUGGCCCAACAACUACACCCCGAUCCCGAUUCACCAGAAUCCAAGCCCUGAUCGUUGGUACGAGCCGGGUAGCGGAUGUCAAAAAGCCAGCGACCUCGAAGUGGAGCGGACUAUCAAUCUGAAUUUGAUCGAAUACGAGGGGACGCAUUGGGAGAUGAUCUUCGCUUUCGCCAAGAACACCGGCCUCGAUAUAACCCACAUCAAGGAUACGUUCGACUACUUUGACACCAUUGUCUGCGAGAAAGACCACAACCUAACGCUCCCCGCCUGGAUCACCCCUUCCCUCUACAGGGAGGCCGAGGACGUCAAGUCGCAAACGAUGGACUACUUUUUCGGGCUCGGAGGCUUCGGAGUCCCGGACAACGAAGACCUGCUCGGGCUUCGUGGCGGCCCGGCGCUCAGCCUCAUCCAAUCCACCUGGACAGAGAAGGCUCCGUUCAAGUACUAUGUACACUCGGCGCAUGACACAACUAUCGUGGCAAUUCUCUACACGCUGGGGACAAAUGCUAAAUACGUAGCACUAGGCAAAAAUCAGCCAAAUUACGCGGCUACCUUGCUUUUUGAGACGUGGAAGAUGGAUGAUGGGAGCUUGGCUAUUAAGGUUCUCUACUCCGACAGCGCCUACGAGGACUUCCACGUGAUUACAAACUCCAUCUCGGGGUGCCCGUUCGAUGAUUAUUGCCCGGUGGACAAAUUCAUCUCCCGAAAUAAGCCGUAUAUCUGGGACGACAUGGAGAAGGCCUGCAAAGCA